GUUAUUUCCAUUUUGUGCUACGUGGCCUUUAAAGAAGUAUUUAUAAAGAGAAUUUUGCAGAUUUGAAUUUAAAGCACAGGUGUAAGGAGAUACAAAGACAACUAUUAGAAAAAUGGCUUACAAUACAGUAAUCUUCGUUCUAAUUGCAUCUUUGGUUCUGCAGCCAACCAAUGGAUAUCUAUACACCAUCGCGGCCGGGGUUGCGACUGCAGUUGUUGCCCCCAUUGCAAUCCCUGCAGCGCUUGGAGCAGCCGGGUUUACUGCAACUGGUAUUGCCGCCGGAAGUGUUGCUUCUUCUAUCAUGGCGUCAUAUGGAGGAACUAUUGCGGCCGGGUCAGCGGUGUCAGUCGCCCAGUCAGUUGGUGCAGCAGGACUUGGUAUGGCUGGACAAGCAGUAGCGGGAGCUGUUGGAGCGGCGGCUGGAGCUCUAUAUGAGAAGUCGAAAUGUGAAAACGGCUAAUUGUUAUAUAUCUUCAUCAUGGAAGUCGAAGCGGAAAGACAAUUUAUAAUAAAUACCAAUGAAAAUGAUUAUCUAAUAUUAAACUUCUUCAAACUUACAUGUAUAAAUUUAAACUGACAUAAUACUACAAAUGUACUUAAGAUAAAGAAAACGGUCAUGUAAUAAUAUUACUUCACUAAAAUAAAUUUCUUAUAUCUUU